CGGAAGUGGAAGUGUCAAGUUUUGAGUAUAUCUACCUGGUCCGGUUUUCAGAGCAGCAGUAUUUUUCGUGCUAUUUAUUAGUACCUCAUAGUUCUGCAGUUUAAGAGUUUAUGUUUGUGCAUUUUAAUAUAAACUCGGUCUAAACUAUGGCCCAUUACGAGGAAGUAAAUGUGCGUGGGUAUGAUGAAUUCUGUCAGGCUGUGUCUGAAAGGAAAGGAAAGGACAUUUUUGCUUAUUUCUCUGGUAAUAAAGACGCCCAAGGAAAGAGCUGGUGUCCAGACUGUGUGAAAGCUGAACCAGUUGUAAGAGGCGAGCUGAAUCAUCUUCCUGAGGGCUCUGUCUUCAUCUACUGUCAAGUUGGAGAAAGGGCCUACUGGAAGGAUCAAAAUAAUGACUUCAAGAAGACGCUGAAGUUGAGUGGAGUUCCCACCCUGCUGCGAUACGGCACGCCUCAGAAGUUGGUGGAGGAGGAAUGCUUCAAAGCAGAACUGGUGAGGAUGAUGUUCACUGAGGACUGAGCGGUCCUGCGUUGUUCACACCAUUCUUAAGCUUUCAGGAUUUCUUCACCAGAAUCAGAAUCAGAAUCACCAUUGAACAGUAAAGUUUACAUUUUUGGCACUAUUGAUAAUUGUGCACAACUUUCAUUCCCUACCGUAACUUGAUGCAAAUUGACAACUGUGUAACUUAACAGCCAAAUUAUCAAGCAUUUGGAGCAUUCAGAUAUUCAGUUAAUCAAUACUGGAAUAUUUCUGUUGAGUGGAUACUGAUUAUACUAACUUUUCUUGUUAAACUUCAUGUGUAAUCACUCAUUCCUGUAAUUUGAGUUUACUACAUUUCUUCAGAUGUAAUGUUAUUCUAACACACUAGUUGAUUAUAAGAUAUUUUUUUUUCACUGUGACUGUUUUUGUGGCAUUUUUGUUGACUUGUUCUUGGACUCAAAUAAACAUUCAAUGUCGAGCAUUUCUUGCAGAAGAAAAACAUUCUUUGUAAUGUCUCGAUGAAAGCCACAAGAUAAAAUGUACAAGUCUCA